AUGGGUUUGCGUCCGUGCAUUGGGCCGUCAUUUCUGCCCACGCGAACACAAACGGACGAAAUACGUCCAUGCUUUGGAGUAUCCCUUAUCCUCCCACGCCAUCAAUGGCAAGGUCUCGGCCAUGCGAGUCCCGCUCUUGCGCAACUAGUGCUAUUUUUGGAAAGCGGGCUGCAGGGGGAGACGGCGACGGGGGUAAGCCACUAUAAUGAAGCUUCAAAUGGAAGUUUUGAGGAACAUUCAACAACCUUCAUUAGACGGGGAUCACAGAGGUUGAUCAUACUUGACCAAUUCUGCAUAAGUGAAUACAAAAGAAGUGAUUCCAGCAAACAUGAAAGUGUGGAGUAUGAACUUAUGUUCAGCGGAUGGUCUCAAGUUCAACCUAUCAUAGGUUUCAAGUUCAAACUAACAAAAAAGAGGAAAUAUUCACUCCUGGAAAUGGGUGUCACUGAUCUGGGAACCUUCAUGUCAGUACACUAUGCUUCUACCCUAACAAAGAUUUUCUAA